CUAAACUUGAUAAACCAAAGUUGAUUGGAAAAGUAAGCGAAUAGGAUUCUUAGCGAGGUUGGUAAAGUCCAUGGCUUCAUCUUCUUCUCAAUCUCGACAGGAGGAAUCUGGGUUAUCGGAAGAAGAUUACGACUUAAUCCAUGGCUCUGAAUCUGGUUGGGUCGAUGCUCGAACUUCAUGCAAUCAUCUCUCUUCCUUAUCCGCUGCUGAUCUUACCCACAUUCCAACCCCCAAUACUCCCUGCAACACGUGCCAACACCCUACUGAAAACUGGCUUUGUUUGUCGUGUAAGGAAGUUCUCUGUGGCCGUUUUGUGAACAGGCAUAUGCUUCACCAUUUUCGUCAAACUAAUCAUAGCGUGGCUCUCAGUUUCAGUGAUCUCUCAGUAUGGUGCUUCUCCUGUGAUGCUUAUUUGGACGCUCAAGUUAUUCACCAAUUGCGUCCUGUUCAUCAACUCGCCUAUAUAUUGAAAUUCAAUCAACCUCCACCACUUCGACCAAGUUGAAGCCUCAAGGUUGUUACUCCAACGAAGUUGAAUGCUUGACAGAUGUUUAACCAAUAAGUAUAAAAGGAUCCUCCAAUGCUUACAAAAAUUGUUAGAAGGGUGACAUCGGUGGUAUCUAUAUGAGAGAAGAUACAAACUUAGCUGAAUACCAUGUCAUAAUUUUUUAAAAAUUUCUAUAGAAUUUAUGUUUAGUAGUUUGUUUAUUAUGUCAAAAUUGGUGCAUGCUAGACCGAUUUGAUUCUAUAUUUGGGUUCUAAGGCUUAGUUUCCUAUAUGUGCUUCUAGAGAGAUAGCAUUGUAUGAUGUAUAUACGGUUCUAGUUUAUGCAACAAACUGUCAAGUAACAUUCAAUUUGCCAA